UAAGAAUGACUGUCUCCUUGUCAUGGAUGAAAUUUGUUUGCAUCAUUGCCUUGAUGUUUCCUCUUCAUUCUGACACUUCUUUUACACAUGCAGCGCAUCCUCAUCAGAUGGGUUUGGAUUGUUCUGUCUAUGAAAACCAUUUGUACGCGUGCACCAGGCAAUAUGACCCAAUCUGUGCAUCCGACGGCAGAACCUAUAGCAAUGAAUGUGUUUUCUGCAGCCAUAAAUUAAGUAGCCAAGAAGAUUUAGCAUUGAAUCACUUCGGUCGGUGCUGAAUUUUGCCUGAACUACCUAUUCUUAGAGCCUGGAUUGUAACUCUGUUUCAACUUGAAUGCCAUCAUCAACUGGAAUCCUUUCAAAUCAACUUCUUAAAAUUCCAUCUCUGUUACAGAAGAUGGAAUUGACAGGUUAUAGAAUCUUUCCAAACUGAAAGCUGGAGAUGGUAGCAAUUUCUGUCUAUCUUCAAUGGUUUGAUCGAUGAUAGUCUGAGAAAUAUUCUUAAAUUUCGGCUAGAUAAAAUUAAACCUAGUGUAACAGAUAAUCAUAAAUAUUUCAUUCAAUAAAGUGACUAAACUAUUCCAC